UUAGUGGAAGUCAAUCUUCUUUUACUAUUUGUAAGCACAGUGCUAUUGCUAGUUAUUUCUUCUCAGCACAGGACAACUUCCAAUGGUACUAACUAAAUUUUCAACAUCCACGUCAGAAAGAGUAGUACUGACUGAUCAGAUCAUAAUAAGCUUUAAAUUCCUAAACUAUGACUAGGAAUGUGGGUACCUAUUAAGCACACAAACUCGUAAUUGUUAUGCUUCCCUCAAAUCCGGGGAAGGGCUACUGAUAUUUAGCCCUAACACGACCGCCCGCUUUUACUCUCAAGCUUGCGUGUAUCUUUGCAUUUACCAAUACUGCUACUAACACUUCCAUGAGCAGAAGCAAAAAUGAUCAAGCGACAAUUUUAUAGAGCAGAGCACGCUGAUAACAACGAUGAUGCUUCUGACGACUCUUCAUCUUCAUCAGAUGCUGACAUUGAUCUUCAUCACGAAGAAGAAGAAGAGGAAGAUGAAGAAGAAGUAGAAGUACCAGUAGAAGCAUCUCCAGAAUCUGGAUAUCAAAGCGAGGAUAGCUCAGAUGGUGGUGAUGAGUUCAAUGGCGCAGAAGAAUCUGGAUACCAGAGUGAAGAUGGCUCAGACAGUGGCGAAGAGUUAAAUGCUGCAGAAGGUAAAUUGACAAGUGAGGAUAACGAGGAGUCCAAUUCUCUUCAAGAGAAGCUUAAGAAGGCUAGGAACAUUGAUUUGGUGAAGGAUAGGGUUAGCAGAGCUAUUGAAUCAGCCCAGAGCAAACAUUCUAAUCAGUGGGCAGAAGCUGUAGAUGAGACAGAGAGAGAUCGUGAUUUGCAGGAUUUAGAUGACUGUGUCAUACAAUGUAAAUCAGUAUUCAGAUGCAAGCUUUGCCCAAGAAUUAUUUGUUUAUCUGUGGACUCAAUCAACAUGCAUCUCGGUUCAAAGAGGCAUGCUCGAUCCCAAAAGCUAUUUGCUGAAGGAAGGUUGAAGCUUAUGCUCAACAGUGAUGGAGAGGUAGAAGAGGAUGCCGAAACUCAUGCAGAAAGGCAUGCUAGGGUGGUUGCUUCUGCAGAGUCAGCUAAAAACUCAAGGAAAAGAAAUAAAGGACGGCAACGUCAGAAGAAUCGGAAAAGGAAUAAAACUUCUGAUGCUGGGAAUGGAAAAGAUAAAGCAAAGCACUUAUCCAAAGUUUCUAAGAAGAAAACAAAUGUUGGGAAGGAUGAGCAUCAUAAAGGCAUCUAAAUUGCAUUUGAAUGUGAAAGGUAAGUGCUGCAAUUUAUAAGCAGUGGAGACUUGGAUUUUGAGGCAUAUAAAAUUUAUUACUGUUGAAGGCAGAAUGAAAUCGCAGAAAACCUACAAAAGCAAUUCUUGUUGACACGCUGCCAUCUUUGCUCAGAUGACAAGCAAGGGGAUAUUGGGGUGGAACUUGUAUAGUAAAGAAAUUUUUGGGUUUCUUAAAAUGAGAGGACAGAAAACUUGCUAUGCUACACAUGAUGCUUUAUGUGAAAAAGGGAUGUGCCAUUAGAGGUCUUGGUUGUAAUUUAUCAAUUGAAGGUCAAAGAACUUUUUAUUUAUUUUUUAAUGAAAAUGUUCCAUGCACUCGUUUAAUACUAGAGGGCACUCCUCCUACCACCUCAUUUAUACCUGGUUGUAUUGGAAGAGUAUCGAAUCCACUUCUCCAGUCUAUUGGCCCUGCCCAUUUUUUUUCAGAACUAACAACUAUUAUUAAAUAGUAAAUACUAUUUUUGGUGCCA